AUGGCCGCCGCUGCAAUGCGCGACUCGCCUGACAUGGCAAAUGGCAAUUCUAAUCACCAGAAUCCCAAUGGUACCAAUUCGGCUUCGGGUCGCAGACAGUCGGUAGCCGGUCCAGCGACGAUGGACUAUGAAGAUGAGCCGACGUACGAGCCUACAGCAGCAGAACGUCGAUAUCCACGUUCCGCGCCUAAGGCCACUGCUGCUGCUCGAUCAUCUGGCCAGGCCGGUCGAUCCUUUUCUGCUCGUGCCCGAGAUUUCCCGGCCGAUGAAUCAAACUAUACAACUCGCAGGUCUACACUACAAACACCACCGGGGUUAACAGAGGAAUCAACCACGCCUCGGGGCCUCCCACCCGCGGAAUAUAUCCAAGACACGCAACAGAAUGAAGAGCCGAAGCUCGAAGCUCCCACCGCGCCAGCGAGCCUGCCGUCACCCCCGAGCCGAUCAAACACUGUCCGUUCUACAAAUGGACCUCGCAAAGAAUGGGCAUCGGACCGUUCGCCCUUGCAAAAGCUCGAGGUGACCCUUUCUGGAAUCACCAAGGAAGAAAAACGGGCGCGAAUGCAAGAAGCUGAGAUGCGAUUGCGAGAGCGCAUGGCCCGCAAAAAGAUCGAGCGUGAGAAAGCGGAGGCAAAGGUACAGGCAGCAGCUACUGCUCCCCAACCAAACGUGAAGCAGAAAGUGCCUUCAAACAACCAUGCAGCCCCCGGUCCUGCUAGAAAAGGAGAGAGGAAGAAUGUCGUCCUUGAAGAAUCGACGACUGAUGCACCAAAAGCGGGGCCACGACACCAUGGUGGAUUUGCUGUUCCUGGGCGUCAUCAAAAUGAAGUGAACAGUCCUCAAUACCCGGCCGUUCGCAGUCCUGAAAAUGCUCAGUACGCACAGGCCGAAGAUAUUAUCCCGCAGUCUGCAAAGUUAGGCAAUGUGCCUCGAAGAUCAAUCACAGUGAGCGGACCCUCAGCAAAGAAUGGGCCUGCUGGGAAACAGCCUGUGCGUAGUCAGUCCCUUGCCCAAAGGGGCCCUACUGCGCCAAUGCAACCCGCAGAUGUUAUUUUGAGCAACGAAAGGCUAGAAACACCUCCAGCAGCCCGAACGGCUCAUGAUAGCGUCGAAUCUCACACCAAAAAGCGACAGACGGUGUCUUUCAAUGUGCCGCCACCGACCCCUCCGCCGAUUUUCGAGUGGAAAAAUGCGCCGGUCGCUCAGCUUGGAUCAACAGACUUUGAUUUCCAGCAUAUGGAUAUGGAUCGAAGCAAAGCGUGGUGGGAAGGAGGCGGCACCACCGAUCGUCGAAAGAGCAGAGCCUUACCCAAAAACUACAAGACCCCGGCUCAAAAAUUGACAGGUGUCACUGAAAGUAAAAACUUCGAACCAAAACUGUUCCUCAGAUGUGGUCCUCUGCUCCGGUACACAGGUAUUAAGAAGUUCAAAGUUGAUGGCGUGCAUGGUACUGUCGAGAAGGACAUAUGGCGAGGUUCUAUUUUGAUCGUCACGAAGGACACCCGCUCUUCUUACGAUACGCCGCCUUCAUUGCGCCUGUUUUCUCAGCCCAUGGACCUUCUUCCUCCUCCGCCAGCCGAAGUCAGCGGGGAAGAACUGGCUCCUGAAUAUAUCGACCCCACUGCCGGUCUUAUGAAGGUUGGACGAGACGGACGACCUCUCUAUGUCAAGCCAGUUGACCACCUGGAGGAAGAAGUCGACUUAUCUUCGGUGGAAAAUGAUGACGGCAUAUAUGAACUGUCACCCAGUCAGAUAGACGACAACCCUGGGGGCUCCAAGCAACCAAUUCCUGCAAACCGAAUCAACUCCGUUGAUGGCGAAACGGCAGGGUUACACCGUGAUAUUCCCGGCGUCCGCCUCUACGCUGACUCUGCUAGAGAUGUGACCUUUUGGAGGUUCAAUCUCGAGGUCGAGCUUGGCUCAACCCAACAACGAAUUGCAUACAGAAUUAACCGUGGACCAGCACUGGGCUUCUGGGUUCCGGCUGCAGGCCAGCCGAUGAACAUCAUGUUCCACAGCGGCAAUGGAUUUGGUCCCUCCGUCGACUCAAAUCGUUUCUGCGGACCCGAUCCUCUCUGGCGAGAUAUUUUGAACGAGCACCAGACUCGACCAUUCCAUGUGAUGAUUGGUGGAGGUGACCAGAUAUUUAAUGAUACAGUCAUGACUGAAUCGGUCUUUUUCCAGGAAUGGAUCAAGAUCAAAAACGCUGCGGAAAGAUAUAGUGCUCCGUUUACUCCUGAAUUCCGUGCCGAGCUCGAGCAGUUCUACCUGCAGCGCUACGCGGCCUGGUUCUCACAGGGCCUCUUUUCUCUCGCCAACUCUCAAAUCCCGAUGAUCAACAUGUGGAAUGAUCAUGAAAUCUUCGAAGGGUUCGGGUCUUACCAUGAAGAAUUCAUGCAGAGCGCCGUCAUUUCAGGUCUUGGAAAGAUUGCGUUCAAGUAUUAUUUACUAUUCCAGCACCACAGUGUUCCAGAUGAGACGGAGAUUGAAGAGCCUAGUUGGCUUCUUGGCGCCCAGCCAGGCCCCUACAUUGAGCAGAGAAGUCGAAACUUGUUCAUGUCUCUUGGUAGUGAUGUUGUUUUGCUGGGCCUGGAUUGUCGAACCGAGCGAAGGAGCAACGAGGUCCUUGCUGAGGCUACCUGUGACCUAAUUUGGGACCGCUGCCAUCAGGAGAUUGUCAGAGGAGAGACUAAACAUUUAAUCGUUCUUUCCAGUGUUCCUAUCGCGUACCCUCGAGUGGCUAUGCUCAAAAACUUCAUGAACAGCCGUAAAUCCAUUGGCAAAGCAGGCAUGAUCGGAGGACUCGUCAACAGAUCUGGUGGCAACGUGGAGGUAUAUGAUGACCACUGGGCCGGAAAGCAUCUCAAGUCCGAAAGAACCUGGCUAGUUGAAGAUCUCCAAGAUCUUGCCGCGGAAAAGUCCGUUCGGGUGACCAUUCUCAGUGGCGAUGUCCACCUUGCUGCAAUCGGCCAAUUCUAUUCCAACCCUAAGCUUGACGUUGCGAAGGACCGGGACUACCGCUAUAUGCCGAACAUCAUCUCUUCGGCCAUUGCUGACAUGCCAGAGACGGAGAUUAUUUCAGAUACUCUCAAUAAACGCAACACGGUGCACCACAUAGAUUCCAACACGGACGAGGAUAUAAUUCCCAUCUUCACGCAGGACGUGAAUGGCAAAUCUCGAAACAACAAGCGCUUGCUUCCACGACGAAACUGGUGCUCGAUUCGAGAAUAUAUCCCGGGAUCAACCCCAGGCAGCACACCCGAGCCAGAAACUCCAGAAGAAUCCGAGCCCCGUCCUGGUAUGCUCCAGCGCACUCUAUCUCUCGGAAGGGGUGACAAGGGACCAGGCGGCAAGCCUGGACUACUUCGACGACUAUCGACGAAGGGCCCGCCCCCAACAAGAACCAUGAGUUUCGGACGAAACCAAAAGGUUCUUGCUCGCCGCUCCAGUGUCGAUUCCUCUGUUCCUCGGCCCAUGGAGGGUGGUGAUAGUUACUUCCCCGGAACAUUGCAAGAGCCACAGCCUGGCGUCUUCCACCGCCGACCAACCAAUCUGAGCGAAAAGGCCGCCAAGCGAUCAGCUAAGGAAGGAGACGAUGGUGCUGGCGCUUUUGUCAACCUUGAAAGAGGAUUGGCGAUUACAUUGAAUAUGGAAGUCAACCCUCAAGACCCUUCCGGCAUCACAGUCCCAUACAAGCUCCUAGUUCCUGCUCUCCAGUACGAAGGAAACGAAGAUGACCCGGCCCCAACGCAGGUCAAGAAGGGCUGGCGCAAGUGGUUGAAUGUGCCGCGCAGAAAGAAGGCCUCCUGGGCCCAGCAAGCAGAAGAUGAUGAUGAAGGCAGCGAUGAAGAUGCCGAUGAUAUUGAAGACCACGACACCAUCAACAAUACCCGGGCCAAUGCUGCUGCGUCCCAUCAGUAUGAGGGAUAUCCUGGCAGCGAUGAGGACUCAGAGGGAGAGGUGCCUCAGAGAUUGCCUCCCCAUGCUCUUGUCGACGACUCAUCCCCCACUGAGGGGGGAGGAUGA